ACGUUAUUAGCAUAAAUCGUUCUGAACAGUCAGAAAUGAAGCGCCAAACAGGACGGAUCGUCGAGAGCAGCAGUUCCCUGAGCUUGCUAUAUGCACUUCUGCCCCUGAUGAUAGAAGCGGCUGGCGGGAGAGCUCAGUAUGCAUCACCUUAUGGCAAUGCUUAUGCAAUUCCCACGACCAACUACGCCCCACCACCAGAAGUGCAAUCGAUAUGGUCGGGUUCGCCAAUCAUAGUGAAUGACAAUCAGUACAGGGCCCAGGAACAGCAGCAAUAUCCAAAAAACAAUGGUUAUUACGGUGAGGAAACCUAUAGACAGCCACCUUAUCCAGAGUGGAGGAGAGAGGAGCUGCCGGCCACGCGUGCUCCCAAUCAUAACUACAACAAUGUGCCUGGAUAUUUUUACUACCAACAACAGGACACCACUCCCACACCGCAUUUUCAGUACAACCAACCAUCUCUAGCUCAACCUUAUCCCCCAUCCAGUUCCGAAUUGGUCUCCAGCGACUCGCGUCGCGAGGAGGAGCAAGUGGUCCAAAUAGGGGGCAGUCGCACUCUGGCCACGAAUAACUAUCAAAACAUCUAUAAUAAUAAUGAUGAGAACUUCUAUGAACCCGCCCAGCCCUGGAGGCGUCGUGAUUUUCAGGCCAAAUAUGCCCAACAUUACGCCGAAUAUUUGCGUAAAUAUCCCAGACGCCUGCAGCCAGUGUACAACACCAGCGAGGAUUUCGAGGAGAAGUAAGGGAAUACUCUGUGAAUUUCACUCUGUGCAAAGGCCAAAUUGAAUAAAUCCCCUCAAGAGCCAUUGGACUUUUGGUUGAAAGCGUGCCAAGAAAGCAAUUUUCUCUGUAUUUUGGACAGAUCCAUUGCAUCCGAUGAAGAUAAAAAUGCAGCUGCUCAAAAGUCUGUAUAUAAAUACAGUAAAUAUUGGUUUUAAAUUUAAGAAAAGGUAUUAUGUCAAAAGAUAUUGUGACUAACAAAUAAGCAUUAAGAUACCCUCUAUAAAGAUACGAUUAAACAAGAGAACAAUAAAUAUUAUUUUAAAUUUCUUUUUUUGGGGCUUUCCCUAAAGAAUAAUUAAAUAUGUUAUAUAAUUUAAAGAUA